AUGAGUAGCUCCGGUGUACUUUCCCCCAACCGUUCCCUCCGCCAAGUCAAAUCAAUAUCCCAGGUCCACGUCGAUGACUUAAACAUUACAUCUAUACUAUCCAACCGAGGAAUCACCAUCCAUGUCGACCAUGAAAUUGACGCAGACGAAGCCAUGGUUUUGGCCAUGGGUUACAAGCAAGAGUUCAAGCGUGAAUUCUCGUUGUUGACCGUUUUCGCCGUGUCGUUCUCGGUGUUGGGUCUCUUGCCCUCGAUCGCCGCAUGUUUCGACUACCAACAAUUGGUGGUUGGUAUCAGUCCCGUGCCAUGGAUCGUCGCUGUCAUAUUCGUUACCAGUGUCUCCAUGUCCCUUGCUGAAGUGGCAUCGGCCUUUCCAGUCAGCAGUGGUACUCCAUAUGCAGUUUCCCAAUUGGCACCCCCUAGCUGUAAAGCUUUCCUUACAUGGUUAACUUGCUGGGCAAACUGGCUUUGUCAAAUCACAGCAGCACCCUCUGUCAACUACAGUGGUGCCUCAAUGAUCCUUGCCUUGGUGGCAUACAACAAUCCAAAUUUCACAGUCACCACUGGCAAAGUGUAUGGUGUUACCACCGGAAUUAAUAUUGUCCAUGGUAUCAUCAGUUCUAUGCCAACCAAGUUUUUGGCAAGAUUCAACACCGUUGGAACAUCCGUUAAUAUUAUUUUCUUGGUCGUUGUUUUCGUCAUUAUCCUUGCUGGUAACGACAGACUUAACAUCUAUAACGGAGAAAUUCCAAAGUUCAAUUCUAACAGUGUGGCCUGGUCCUUUGAUAAUAUGACGGAUUAUCCACUUGGUAUUUCAUUUCUUAUGUCAUUUUUGGGUGUUAUUUGGAGUAUGAGUGGUUAUGAUUCACCCUUCCAUCUUGCUGAAGAGUGCUCUAACGCAGCACUGGCUGCUCCCAAAGCUAUUAUUUUGACUAGUUCCGUGGGUGGGUUCAUCGGCUUUCUCUUCAUGAUUGCAAUCUCAUACACUCUUGUCGAUAUUCAACAAAUUGCCGAAGAUCCACAAGGGUUGGGUCAACCAUUCGUUACUUACCUCACCCAGAUUGCUAGCAAGAAGCUUGUCAAUGCAGCUACCGCAUUGACCAUUGUUUCUUCUUUUUUUAUGGGCUGUUCAUGUAUGCUUGCAGCAUCCAGAGUCACAUUUGCUUAUUCAAGAGAUGGUCUUUUCCCCUUGUCUAAGUACUGGAAGAUCGUUACUCCACUUACCCAAACCCCUAUUAAUGCCGUUUGGAUCAACUUGUUUAUCAGUCAGCUUCUUCUUUUGUUAAUGUUUGCCGGAGAUGUUGCUAUUGGUGCUAUUUUCUCAGUUGGUGGUAUUGCUGGAUUUACCUCGUUCACUGCCCCCACUCUUCUUAAGAUAACUUACGCCAGAGACAAGUUCAAGCCUGGACCAGUCAAUUUAGGACGUUGGUCCACCCCAGUUGGUGCGGUCUCCGUUGCCUUUGUGACUCUCAUGAUUCCAAUCUUAUGUAUGCCUUACGUCAAGGGCAAGAACUUGAACAACGAGGAGAUGAACUGGACUGCACUUGUUUUCUUCGGUCCUAUGCUUCUUGCUACCAUCUACUAUUUCGUUGCUGCUAACAAGUGGUACUCUGGACCAAAGAGCAAUGUCAAUGAAGAGGAUUUGGCAUAUGGUGACAGCUACCAGGAGUAUGAGGGACUUCCAAUUGGUGAAAAGACCAGUUCUAAGAUUGACCACAAGGAUGCACCCGACUCUCUAUAA